GUGUGAGUGAGUGAGUGAGAGUGAGACGCAUAUAGGCUGCCGCUGUGCUACCUGUCGACAGUCUUCAGCUGGACUCCGGGCCUGGGUGAAAACGCCAUGAAUCCAAAAAAUGUGGUUUUCAAGAAGCUGUGCAAAGACAAGUCUGUCGGUGUCUACAUGGGCAGACGAGACUUUGUGGACCGGGUGGACUCGGUGGAUCCAGUUGAUGGCGUUAUUCUAGUUGACCUUGAAGCUCUGCAAGGAAGAAAAGUUUUCGUCACCCUGUCCUGCACCUUCCGCUACGGCAGAGACGACAUGGACGUGAUGGGCGUCGCCUUCCGCAGAGAGCUGUUCCUGUCUACCCGGCAGGUGUACCCGCCCCUGAUGGACCGGGACAAGGGGGUCCACACUCGGAUCCAGGCCAAACUGCUGAGGAAGCUCGGCGACAACGCCUAUCCGUUUUUCUUCGAGUUUCCCGACAACCUUCCCUGCUCUGUGGCGCUCCAGCCUGCGCCCCAUGACACUGGCAAGAAAUGUGCGGUGGAGUUUGAGAUCCAAGCUUUCAGCGCCGAGAGCCAGGACGCUAAAAUUCGGAAACAGAGCUCUGUGAAACUGAUGAUUCGGAAGGUUCAGUUCGCACCGGAGUGUGACGGAGCAGUGCCCUCUGUUGAAGCCGCCAGGGACUUCUUCUCCUCGGACAAGGCCCUUCAUGUGGAGGCCCGUCUGGAUAAGGAGGUGUUCUAUCACGGGGAGCCCAUUCGUGUGUACGUGAACGUGCGCAACGAUUCAACUAAACACGUGAAGAACAUUGUGGUUUCAGUGGACCAGGUGUCAACUGUGGUCCUCUACUCCAACGACAGCUACGUCAAAUCCGUGGCCAUCGAGGAGUUUGGAGACUCCGUGGCGGCAGGAGCCACCUUCCAGAAGGUCUACACGUUGCUCCCACUGUUGGCCUACAACAGGGAGCGCCGUGGCAUCGCACUGGAUGGGAAACUGAAGCACGAAGACACAAACCUGGCGUCCUCCAGUGUAAUCAAAGAAGGAGUUUUGAAGGAGGUUCUGGGCAUCAUGGUCUCCUACCGGGUCAUGGUGAAGCUGGUCGUCGGCGGGUUGAUGGGAUCCAGCGAGCAUGGAGUGGAGGUCCCGUUCAGACUGAUGCACCCCAAACCUGACGCAGUGAAGGACAGUGAGCUGGAGGAGGAGCUGGUGUUCCAGGAGUUCAAGCGCUCGUACCUGCGCGGGAUGGUCGGUGAUGACGACGACGACGACGAGGGAAACAUUUCAGGCGGCGAUGACUUGGCGCCGAAAGAGAAGUGACAUGUCAGGGGAACAUGUGAUGGGAAGUGAUGGUGUUAUCGUGUGCAAUGUAGUGUUAAGAUAGAGAAGUAGGUGAAAGAGUGCAGCUGCCCUUAGAACCCUUCUAGAACAUUCAAUAAAAGACCUCACUCACUU